UAUAAAACACUUAAAUUUUAAUGAACUUGGUUGUUACAGAUCACUAUGCGGAUACGAGCAUUUUGUAAAAACAUUGAGGUAAAUGAGUUGGAGGUGUGCAAUCUAAAGAAUUGCACAGUCGUCAUAGACGGACAAAACUACUUUUAUCGCUUAUAUCAGGACAGUAAGCUGCCAUAUCAGUUCGGCUGCGAAUCCAACAAAUACGCAGAUUAUUUGAGAGAUUACCUUUCCAUGUUUAAAAAGGCAAAUGUUAAGUGCUACAUACUUUUCAAAGGUGGCAAUACCAAUGGAGAAAAAAAAACCAAAUUCAAAGAGACAGAAACAUAUAUAACGGGGUUAACAUAUGAAGUUAAUGGACCACCACCAAAUGACAUAACACCUGUAUUCAUGAAAUGUAUUUAUAGAGAGGUACUCGACGAAAUGGGUAUCGACUAUGUUAUCUGCGAGUUUGAAUCAAAGAAACAAUGCAUAGCUUUAGCACAAAAGCUGAAGUGUCCAAUUAUUAGCUAUGACAUUGAGUUUGCCUUUUCCGGUAGACCCUACAUACCGUAUGCACCACCUCUACACUACAAUGAUACUACAGGUUCCAUUGAAUGUGGUAUAUUUAUUCUUGAUCAUUUCAUGAGGAAGAAUGGCCUUACUAGAGAAAUACUAUCAAUAUUUGUGGUAUUGACUGAUGAACAAAUUUUCACUGAUUUACCAUUCCAAUCAUUCUUUGAAGAGGUACGUUUGCCUUUAGGAUUUUUUAAGCGAAAUGCAGCGUUAUUAAGGUGGCUCUCUAGAAACACUGUGGAAAAUAUUAAGAGCAGGAUUAUUAGAAACUUAACUCCUGAAGAUCAAAAUAUGUUUUCUGAAGAACAGGUCAAAAUAUUCGACUUAAUUGGAAGAAUUGAAACUCCAGGCGAGCCUGUCAAUUACCUAUUAAACGGGAAAUCUACUUUGAUCGAGAACAAUGACCCACAAUGGUUCGAAAAGGGAGUAAUAACUAAAAAAAUCGCUUUGGUAUACGUCAAUAUGUAUCAUUCGAACAACUUCUACGGUUCAUGGUGCAUUGAGGAUCCGGACGCUGACGAUGCUUUGUUUCUGUCCAUCGAUAUUAUAAAGUACGCAUAUAAUUUAUUAACAAAUUAUCAAAGAAACAGCUUGCGAUUUAUGAACAACAAAAAUGAAGUACAAAAUAUCAACAAUGUCAGUUUGACAAUGACAUCUACGUCGUCAGUUCAGAAACCGCCAUGUUGUGAAGAAAACAAUAUUCUGUUCGGAAACGGUUGGGAUGGAAUAAAGGAUUUUAAAUUAUUUGAUUUUUUCCUAAAAGAGUCAUUACCAGGCAUCAAUCUUGAUUAUAUCAAGACAUUACCCGAGGAUGCAAGACUUGUGGUGUUAUCAUUAAUUUAUUUUUGCUGUCGCAAGAAAGAGAACACGAUGACGCAUGAAGCUUACAGCAUUUUACUAUCCUAUGUAAUGUUGGGGGUAGUUUUACCAAAAAUUGAUACUAAUAACAACAAUAAUAUUAAUGGAAAACCAAAUAUUGUUAAAAUCGACAAAGAUUUAGUUACCUUGAACGACUGUGAUACAGCUUCAACUAUAUUGGCACCAUUUUUUGAAUUGACUGAUUCUGAACUUGAAAAUAUUUUCGACAAGAAAUUAAUUCAUCCAUUCGUUGAAUUUCAGCAUUGUCUCGAGCAAAUGAAUAAUCUUAACAGAUUAUGUGAUCAGGGUGAUUAUCAGCCUACUAUUUAUCAUAAAACGUACAAUGGCACAUUUGUUUAUAAGUUUUUUUACUCUAUAAAAAAUGAGAGUAGAGAUGGAGCAUUGCACGCCAUUAAAAAAAUAUUGACCUCGGCACCAACCGUGUUGAAUUUUUAUAUGAGUCUGGUAAAAGUUUGUGAACAAACCAUGACCAAUUUGUAAGUAAGCAGUUUUUUGUAUUAGCUAGUAAGAUACUUGUGCAUCACAAAUGUUAUCCUUUAAUUAUCCACAAUCCUAUUAUAAACUACGAGUAGGUACAUAAUUAUAGUAUUCACAUUGAAAAAGUAUUACAAAACUAUUCGUUUGAAUGCUUAUGCCAAAUUAAUUUAGUCCUAAGAUAUUUUAAAGCCAUGUUUAUGAAACAUUUCUGUUGUUAAAAUGAUUAAAAUUUUUUUUUUAUUAA